CUCCGGCAGGUGCUGCCGCUCGUCCCCGCCAUGGUGGGCCCGACCACGUUCAUGGAGCUGUUCCACACGCUGCUGGACCUGCCGCUCACCGCCGCCUUCAUGGAGCAGUACGACCGCCCAGAGGAGAGCGCGGAGACGCAGUGGAGCCGCCUGGGGCUCGACCGCCUGUCUCCGGCCUUCAAGGCCGUGCAGCACUACGUCAUGAGGAACGAGUCGGGCCUCGGCGGGGUCUGCGUGUGGGAGACGCGCGACGAGGCCCAGCUGUCCAUGAUCCGCACCCUGUGGAACUCCCUGCCGGUCACCCCGCGGGUCUCCAGCGUGUGCAAGCUGGUGCCCCGCUUCCUGAGGGUGUACUUCGACGUGCUCCUCACGAACGCGCCGCCGCAGUGCAUCGAGCGCGUGGUGCCGUUGCUGCUGCAGCGGUUCGCCUCGCUGUACCCCGUGGACUUCUUCCUGAUCGCUGGGCAUUCCCUGAUCAUCGACACGCUGCAGGCG